UUUCGUACUCUAUAGUCGAUGCAUAUAAAUAUAUCUCCACUAGUAUAACCACACUUUACCACUCAAGCCCUUUCUCAUAUUUAAGUUGUAAUUCUAUGAACAAAAGGAAUAUUUAUAGACAUAUCACCAUCUCUCUCACUCCCCCCCCCCCCCCCCCCCCCCCCCCCCCCCAUUCUCUCUUUCUCCCUCACAUUCAUUCCUGAAUGCUGAUUUUGCCCCGUACUUCAUUGCUCAUCUUCCGGAUUUAACCACCAUUGAACAACACCACACAACACAAAGAUUUUCAAAAAAACAAAACGAAAACCUAUUCUCGUAAGUGCAUAAGUCCUCUUAAUCCACUCCAAUAUUUACGGAAUCCCCUCACAAGACCCUCACAAAGCCUACUCUCCCUUUAGAUAAGAGAGAAAUUCAUCACUAAAUCUCGGCUUAAUCUUUCAACUUAGUCCCCCACUUACUCUCUCCUCAAUCCACAAGCAAUUACACGUUUUAUUGCCUAAUGGUUUCUCUUCAUUUUGCCCUUUCUCCUGAGCUCAACAACCAAACCAGCUUUGACUCGUAUUAGUUAUAGCUAAUACAGUUAAUCAGUGUGUUGAUAUAUAACCCUUUUCUUUUUUUUCAACCACGCUCGUAUAUUGUACUAAGUUUUUGCACUGUUCAUGGACUGCUCGAGAGAAAUAGAGGGCAAACAAGCUCAUGAUCCUCUUUUUGACAAAAUCAUGAGUAAAUCUUCACGUUGUGUUUUUGUCCCUGGUCCAGUUAUUGUUGGCGCUGGUCCUUCUGGCCUUGCCGUGGCAGCAUGUCUCAGAAGCAAAGGUUUCCCGAGUAUGAUACUAGAGAGAUCUAGUUGUAUAGCAUCUUUGUGGCAGUUAAAGACUUAUGAUCGCCUACGCCUUCACUUACCGAAACAAUUCUGUGAGCUUCCUCUCAUGGGGUUCCCUAGUGAAUUUCCAACUUACCCUACUAAGCAACAAUUUAUUCAUUAUUUAGAGACGUAUGCACGCAAGUUUGAGAUUAGACCACGGUUCAAUGAGACUGUGUCACCUGCCGACUAUGAUAAAGUUAUUGGGUUUUGGCGCGUGAAGACUGUUGGGAAAAAGUUAGAGGAGACUGAGUACGUGUGCCGGUGUUUGGUGGCGGCGACCGGAGAGAAUGCGGAGGCAGUGGUGCCAAAGAUUGAUGGAAUGGGAGAAUUUGGAGGGGAUAUUCGGCAUACAAGUCAUUACAAAAGUGGAAAGGAGUUUAGUGGCAAAAAGGUUUUGGUGGUGGGGUGUGGGAAUUCAGGAAUGGAAGUUUGUUUGGAUCUCUGCAAUUAUAGAGCUAAGCCUUCACUUGUUGUUAGAGAUACAGUGCAUGUUCUGCCUCGAGAGAUGCUAGGCAAAUCAACUUUCGGGUUGUCCAUGUGUUUGCUCAAGUGGCUGCCCAUGCGCCUUGUCGACCGGUUCCUGCUGAUAGUGUCGAGGCUAAUGCUAGGUGAUACGGCACGAUUGGGAUUGGAACGGCCGGAAUUGGGUCCCCUUGAACUCAAGGACUUGUCCGGGAAGACCCCAGUAUUAGAUGUUGGGACACUGGCCAAGAUCAAAAGUGGAGACGUUAAGGUAUGUCCAGGAAUUAAGAAGCUAAAACGUCAUACCGUUGAGUUUCUUGAUGGGAAGAUGGAGAAUUUUGAUGCUAUUAUUUUAGCAACAGGUUACAAAAGUAAUGUGCCGUCUUGGCUGAAGGAAGAAGACAUGUUCUCGGAGAAAGAUGGGUUUCCUAAAAGACCAUUUCCAAAUGGAUGGAAAGGAGAGUGUGGGCUAUAUGCAGUGGGGUUCACUAAACGUGGAAUAUUAGGAGCUUCAAUGGAUGCAAAAAGAAUAGCUGAAGACCUCGAACGGUGUAUGAAAGAAAAAGCGGCACCAUAUGAUCAUCAUCAACGGUCAGUACUGUUGUUGAAAUCAUCAUCAUCAUCACCAUCACCAUGAAGUUUUUCCUGUUUUGAGUUAGAUUUAUAGAGGAUGUUGAUUGAAGAAUUAUAGCCUGAGGCGUUUUUUGGGUGGUAUAUGCCAAUAGACACAACAUGGCUGAUGGUACCAAAGUCGACAUAUCAUCCUCCAAUGGUGGAGAAACUAAAAGGGUUUACAUAGGAGGGGGAAACCCUUAUCUUGUCAAGAUGACACCAACCAAAUUAAGCCUAGCUGGGGAAGGAGGGGUCUGAAAGUGAAAGAAGGUUGGUGUAAUUGUGUUGUUUUUCGGGGGGACCUCAGCUAUAUGAUCGAUCAUCAUGUACAGCUUGUACAACACAUUUUUUCUCUGAUUAGGUAUGACUUUUAGAGAGGGAAAAGGAUGAAGAAGGUGGUAGCUAGAUUGUUUGGCACUUGUUUGCUUAGGUGAUGAUAUGAUUGCGCUUAACCUUUGUUUUGCCCUUCCAUUGCUGGGUUUGGGAUGAUGAGACUGUUUAACCCUCUGAAGUUUUUCUCUGAUGUAGCCCUUAAUUUUGUAUGCUUCAUUUUUAGGCUUUGUUUUGGGAUGGAUGUAUGUCAUGGUGACUUUCAACAGGAGGAAUUGAUGACUUCUAAUGAAAUCCUUACAUAUAUAUUCUUGGAUUUGG